GCCGUCGGUCCUAGAUCCACCCACGCCACACGAGUCUGAAAACAGUGCCUUAAAACCCUAAUUAAAAUUGAAUAUUACACGUAGAAUCUGAAUCUUUUGAAAAACUGGUCAGAAUCAACGGCCCCGAUCAAAUCCACAACCCCUAUAUACAUGUUCAUGCGAUUCAGCAGACUGCGUGUUCAUUUUGUCUGCGGAGACUCUUUCCAAAGCUCACCCAGGGAGACAGAGAGAGACACACACAGAUUUGUAGAGAGAGAAAGAGAAUUUUAGAUAGAGAGAGGCGCCAUGUGUGGAAUACUAGCAGUUUUUGGCUGCGUGGACAACUCUCAGGCCAAACGGUCCCGAAUCAUCGAACUCUCCCGGAGGUUGCGCCAUAGAGGUCCUGAUUGGAGUGGCUUGCACUGCCAUCAGGAUUGUUACCUUGCUCAUCAACGAUUAGCUAUUAUGGAUCCUGCUUCUGGAGAUCAGCCCCUUUAUAAUGAAGACAAGACGGUUGUUGUGACAGUUAAUGGAGAGAUAUAUAACCAUAAGCAGUUGAGAGAAAAGUUGAAGUCUCAUCAGUUCCGAACUGGAAGUGACUGUGAAGUGCUUGCUCACCUUUAUGAAGAAUAUGGAGAAGAAUUUGUGGAUAUGUUGGAUGGAAUGUUCUCCUUUGUUCUGCUUGACACCCGUGAUAAAAGUUUCAUCGCUUGUCGGGAUGCUAUUGGCAUUACCCCACUUUACAUGGGCUGGGGUCUUGAUGGUUCUGUUUGGUUUGCAUCAGAAAUGAAAGCUCUAAGUGAUGAUUGUGAAAGAUUCAUGUCUUUCCCUCCUGGUCACAUAUAUUCUAGCAAAAGUGGAGGGCUCAGAAGGUGGUUCAACCCACCAUGGUUCCCAGAACAAGUACCUUCAACUCCAUAUGACCCCCUAGUCUUACGUGAGGCCUUUGAGAAGGCUGUGGUCAAGAGACUUAUGACAGACGUACCAUUUGGUGUACUUCUGUCUGGAGGCCUUGACUCAUCAAUUGUUGCUGCUGUGGCCUCCCGUUACAUGGUCGAAUCAGAAGCUGCUUGCCAGUGGGGAUCACAGUUGCAUACUUUUUGCAUUGGUUUGAAGGGUUCUCCAGAUCUGAAAGCUGCCAGAGAGGUAGCAGAUUAUCUUGGCACUCGCCACCAUGAGUUUUACUUUACUGUUCAGGAAGGCAUCGAUGCACUUGAGGAAGUCAUCUAUCAUGUUGAAACAUAUGAUGUGACCACUAUUAGAGCCAGUACUCCAAUGUUCCUUAUGUCUCGGAAAAUUAAAUCUUUGGGAGUAAAAAUGGUUCUUUCUGGUGAAGGUUCAGAUGAAAUUUUUGGUGGUUACUUGUAUUUCCACAAGGCACCCAACAAGGAGGAGUUUCACCAGGAAACAUGUCAAAAGAUCAAAGCUCUGCAUCUGUACGACUGCCUUAGGGCCAAUAAAUCAACUUCAGCAUGGGGUGUGGAGGCUCGUGUACCUUUCUUAGAUAAAGAAUUCAUCAACAUUGCAAUGAGCAUUGAUCCAGAGUGGAAGAUGAUUAGGCCUGAUCUUGGAAGGAUUGAGAAGUGGGUUUUACGUAAUGCAUUUGAUGAUGAUCAGAAACCAUAUCUGCCAAAGCACAUUUUGUACAGGCAGAAGGAACAGUUCAGUGAUGGAGUAGGUUACAGUUGGAUUGACGGAUUGAAGGAUCAUGCAAAUGAACAUGUCACCGAUUCAAUGUUGUCGCAUGCAAGCUUCGUAUACCCUGAAAAUACGCCUGCCACAAAAGAGGCUUACUAUUACAGGACCAUUUUUGAGAAGUUCUUUCCGAAGAAUGCUGCGAGGUCAACGGUUCCAGGAGGUCCCAGUGUGGCCUGUAGUACUGCAAAAGCCGUGGAAUGGGAUGCAUCAUGGGCAAAAAAUCCCGACCCAUCAGGUCGUGCCGCUCUUGGUGUUCAUGCAGCUGCUUAUGAGGAAGCAGUGGAGGCUAAGAAUGCUAGUGUGAUGAACGGUCUCCCUGAGAAAAUACAAGGAGCAGCAGAGAAGACUGCAACAGUUGCUUGAUUAAAAGAGCUAGUUUGUUUUUAUUUUUUUGUAUCUAAAUAGCACAUUUUUUUUUGUUUAUUUUAUCUCGUAGGCAUUGUGACAGCUUUUCCUUGUGAUACUCAUCAUCCUUUCAGUACUCUCCUAGUUUCUUAUGUUCAACUUUUUUCUUAAAAAGACUGGUCUAAACAUGAAGUUCCUCCUAACAAAUCAUUCUCUCUGAUCUUAAAAGGAGCAUUUUGAUUUUGAAGACGGAUAUUUAUUUAUUUAUUUUUUU